AUGACAGGUAACCGUGAUACAGUUGUGUUUCCCUGCAAUAAAGAAACAUGGCAGGUAGUGCAAGCUCUACUGGGAGACCUCAAAAAUUUGUCCCAGUCAGUAAAUGGUGACCUGAAGGAGUUAUGUAAGGAACAUCAGACAAUUGUCAAUAUAUGCAAUGGGUUAGGAGAUACAGAGGAAACCAACUGGGGAGAGAAUAGUCUAUUUGGAUUAGCGAAAUUCCUGAAGAAACAAGCCAGUAAAGAAGAGAGACGUUUAUUCCUCCAGUCCACUUUCCCUGCUAUCAUUGACCUGGCUUUAGACCAUCCAGAAGUCAUACCAUCUCAAGGUAUUGGGUACAGUAAACAACAACAGGGUAAUACCACAGUAAUCAGUCGGAGAUGUGUAGCAUCUAUUCUUGCCUGUGGAUUCCUAUGUUUGUUUGAGGACAGGGGCAAGCCAUGGAAGGGUCACCAGUUAACAAAUGUUAUCAAUUUCUCCAACUUUUUCAAAAAUCUUCAAAUGCCAUCCCAAUUUGCCAAACUUAGAUGCAUUCUGAACUAUUUUGAGCAAGUUGGUGAAAGAGGAAAGACCUUAGAAGGAAAUGUAACUUAUGUUCGACAGGUAAGUUUUAUACUGUUUGCACCAUGGGAAGAAAUGCCGACUAUGGACUCUUGGUUAAACUGUGAACAGGAACUAUGUCCUUUGAGGGUAUAUGAAGAUGGUCUUAUAGAAGAUGCAGGAUGUGAAGCAGUGGAGGUGGACUUUGCUAAUAAGUAUAUUGGUGGAGGUGUGUUAGGGAGAGGUCGUGUUCAAGAGGAGAUAAGGUUUACUGUGUGUCCAGAGUUGAUCGGAUCCAUGCUUUUCAUGGAAUACAUGGAAGAGAAUGAGGCCAUUAUCAUCAAGGGCUUUGAGCAGUUCUCUGCCACUCAAGGCUAUGCUGGCAGUCUUCUAUAUGUGGGGCCACACUCAGAUCCUGUGACGGUAAACGAGAAUGGUGACCUGAUGAGUACCCUGUGUGCCAUUGAUGCCGUUUCCUACAGGAACAACUUACAGGAACAAUACAGUGACUACAUGUGUGUGAGAGACCUUAACAAGGCCUACGUAGGCUUCAGUGCAAGGUGUCUGAGGGGUGUGACCCCACCGCGCCAAAAUGGUGGACAGACUGAUCUUGAUUCUCCAUCAGAGGACAAAGUAAGCACACCGACUGAUGAGGAGUACCUCACAGCCACUGAUGAUGAGAUGGAAGUGGAGGAAAAUUUCAAUGCAGUUUCCAAUCUUGCAGAUGGUCUCCUUGUUGACAUUCUUUCCUCAGCUCUACUGGAAGCUUCAAGUUGCCUUAAAGGUCAAGGUCAGGGACAUCAUGGUAGUCAUUGUCAAAAUGUUCCGCCCACUCAACAGAUUUCUGUCAAAUUUGAGGAAGCAUCUAUUAAGCCUGGUGAUGGAUUACCACUGGAAGGGAAAGAGAACUUGGAUGUAGAUCUUUCUGAUUGGGUGUCCAGGUUUAGGAGACGCAGUUCUAAUUUAAGUGACAUUGGUUCACGUAGUAGUACCACUAGUACGAGGCAGAGUUCAGAGUUUAGUUCAGAGUUUGAAGAAUUCUAUGAAAACUUCCAAAAACGAGAACAACCAGUGAUUCAAAAAACUAUUAAAGAAGAGAAUUUUCUAGAUAUUAAUGAAUAUGCCAUCAAUUUAGCAGCAAAACUUUUACAUGAGGGAACAGUUUUGGCAGCUCACAUUAAGAAACCAGGCAUUCAAAACUUCCAUUCUAGUGCUCCUGACAAAUCAAUGGUGAAACCAAAAGCCAGGAAGAAAUCCACUGAUAGCAUGGAAAGUGGUAGUAGUGACACAGACGAACAUGUCCUUGACUCAUCAUUGUCACAUGCUCAACAACAUUCCAUUGAACAGCCUAGCGAGAGGCUUCAAACCUCAGAGACAAAAUGUGAUAUUUCAGAAGCUACUGCAAGGAGAUUUGCAGACAGUUUUAUCAGGACACUUUUUCCAUUCCCAGAACAGAUUACUAGAGAUUCCAACAAGCCAAGCUGUGAUGAGGAAGCAGAUUUUGGGGCAUCUUGUAGCACUGGCGAUACUUUUCCUGCGGCUGGAAGGCUGGAGGCUAGUGCUUCAUCAGAAUUAUAUACUGUGUAUACAUCUGAUCUCUUAAGACAAGAUAUUUUAACAGAACAAAACAAAAUGAAGAAAAACAAUUACCUCAAAUCUAAGUCAAAAGACUUGGGGAAUUCUUCACGUGCAAUGGCAAGAGAGAUGAAGAUGGUGGCUACAGAUUUUGUACAUGGGGUUGUGAUUGGAGCCCUUCAGAAAUAUUCUGAGGAGCUAGACAGUGAUAUCAGUAUUCAGGAUAUAGACCAUGAUACGUUUGAUAGUGAUUCUGAUUCAGGUGGCAUUGUGUUAAAGCAGGAGGACGAGAGAAUGAAUGAAUGUGAUGAUAUAGACAAUACAGAUAGCAAACUUGUGUUUGAUCAUCUAGCUGAGCAUGAAAGUUACAAUAAAGAUGUUGACAGUUCAAACAAUGUAUUUUUCCUUGGAGAUAGUGCCAGUGUCUGUGACGCAAGGAAUCAGGCACAGAGACAUUCCAACACACACAAUCAAGUCGUUGAGACUUUAAAUUCUGAUAGACCAUUAACUGCAGCUGAUAUUAUUGUCCAAGUUGAGAAUACUGAUGAGAAUUGUAGGAUACCGCAAGUGAUGAUCACUGAUGAAAGCAAACAUGAACAAAUGUCGGAGGAAGCUUAUCUAAAUGUUGCAGAAAGGAUUGUACAGGACCAGGUUGCAAAUGCACUGUUAGGUAUGGCCUCUUUAAGUAGAGAAAAUGUGUCAAAUGAUGCAAGUGUGAGACCUAAAACUGAGAGAGUUCCAAGGAAAGGAAAGUUGAGACCAAAAUCCAAAUUAUCUGAUAAUGAACUGGAACCUCCUAGAAACAAAUACCGCUGCCAUAGCACCAACAGUAGUGGGAGUUGUCUUUCUUUGUCUCGUGAUAACCACCGUGAAUUACAUGGUGAGGAAAAGGAACCUCGGAAAGUGACUUUCUUUGCGUCCUCGCUUUCUAGAGAUCUCCUAACCAAUGCCUUUGUGGAAGUUCAGCGGAAUAUGAAUGGCGGUAAUGUUUAUCGCCGGAGUAGUGAACCUUUAAAAAUUUCAAAUCAUGCUGCAAAAUGCCUGAUUGAGAAUUCAACCAAUGGGACCACUGGAAAGGGAGAAAAACACAUGAGUUUGACGGAUGAAGAUGUAGGAAGAUUUGCUCAGGAACUCAGUCGAUGGGGAUCCCUAGAGGAGUUCAGGGCACAGCUUCGCCGUGGCUCUUGUGGGUUUAGAGACCCAACCCUUUCUCGGUUUGCAGAGCAGUUGAUGAAAAGUGAUUGUAAAAUUCCCGACUUUCAUUUUCUUGAAUCUACCAACUGGAGCACAAGUGGAGAUUCCUCUGUCUCUUAUGUCAGUAGCGUAAGUGGCUUCAAGGAUGCAGUUUUGGCUGGGUUUGAGGAGGAAUUACUGAGUGCAUCCUGCACCAAAGUCACUUCAAAAAGUCCCAAGUACACCAGAUUUGUAUGCAAUAAGAAGAGCCCAAAGAGUGUGAAACAGAGGAGUCUGGUGCAAGAAAAAGAUAAUGGGAUAGUUGAUCCAAUCGAUCCAGUCUCUGUUUUGAAAGGAGCUCGAGGGAAAUCAUUCGACAGUGAAAUGUCCGCAAUGUCCUGGGGGUCAUAUCAGUCUUCCCCUAGUCAAAGUGGUGAUGAAUUCUCAAAUUUUGCCGAUAAAUUAGCUGAAAGAAUUGUUCAAGAAUCAUUGGAAACUCUUUUCCACAUACAACCUGAGCCAGACUUUUAUCCGUCUGAGUCAGAAUCAGAGACUGAGGAACUUUGUUUUUAUGACUUUGCUAACAACAUGGCUAAUGAUAUACUAGUACAGUCUUUUGUAAGCCUUGCCAAUAGCUAUGCCACAUAUAAAAAGGAAAAGAAACGACUUUCUGAUGCCAAUACAUCUACCACUAGUGACUCUGUAUCAGAGGUGGAGUCCAGGACUUCUACAGAAGCUGUGAGUGUUUCUAGUGUUCAGCGAAGUGUGUCAGAUGACUACACAGAUGCGCUAGACAUACCAUUCCGUCAGCUGGAGAAUUAUGCAGAAGAACUAGCAGCAUGUGUACUACAGCAUUCUGUCAAUGUUUACAAGCGAGAAUUAGACAGUGAAAAGAAGAGAGUAUUUGGCCGUCCACUUUCAACUGGGAAUUGGGGUUGUGGUGCAUUCCGCGGUGAUCCUCACCUAAAGUCCAUGUUACAAUGGAUGGCAGCCUCCUAUGCUGGAGUACCCAACAUCUUUUACUACACCUUUCAACACCCAGAUCUGGAUCAGUUACAAGAUGUUACUGAUGCCAUAUUGAAACGUGGCUGGAAUGUGGGACAGUUGAUGCAGGCUGUACGUUGUUACUGCGUAACACUGAGAGAAAUGGAUGAAUCAGAAGUCGACAAACCACCAAAUCUAUUCCAACUGCUCUUGUCAGACAGUGCUUUUCGAGACAUCAAUUGAAUACUCAGUGAAAAAUGUGUGUAUUUGGCAGUGAAUUAUACUUAUG